AUGUCCGAACGAAAAGUGCUCACCAAGUACUACCCACCGGACUUCGACCCCUCCAAGCUCGAGCGGCGACGAGGUCCCAAGCAGACAGGACCCAAGCAGCAGACAGUCCGUCUGAUGGCGCCCUUCAGCAUGCGAUGUACGUCCUGCGGCGAAUACAUCUACAAAGGUCGAAAGUUCAACUCGCGGAAGGAGACCACUGAGGAGAAAUACUACGCCAUCACCAUAUUCCGCUUCUACAUCCGAUGUACACGAUGUUCUGCAGAGAUCACUUUCAAGACGGACCCGAAGAACAUGGACUACACAUGCGAGCGAGGAGCCAAGCGGAACUUUGAGCCGUGGAGAGAGUCGAAGUUAGCCGAGGAGACGGAGGAGGAGAGGCUGGAUCGCAUACAGAAGGAGGAAGAUGAGAAGGAUGCGAUGAAAGAUUUGGAAAAGAAGACAAUUGAUGCGAAGACGGAGAUGGCUAUUGCAGAUGCGCUGGACGAUGUGAGACAUCGGAACGCUGCGAGAGCAAGGGCGGAGAUGGGAGGUGCAGCAGUGGUAGAGGCACCGGACAAAGUGGACGAGGAAGCAGAGAGAAUCGAAAGAGAGCUGGAGGAACAGGCUAGGAUGGCAUUUCAGAGCUCGACAGGAGAACGAGUGAGGCGAUUGGGAGACGAUGGUCUCGAAGACGAGACAGAGAGGGAAGCUGCAGACAGAAUCGCUAUGCCUCCGCCUGCUGUACCGUCAUUUGAGCGGCAGGUCAAGAAGAAGAAGGAGCCUGUCUCGUUACUGGGCAUCAAGAAGCCGCAGGUGAUUGAGAAGCCAGCGGUGCCAGCUGUGGCUACAGGACCUGUAUCUGCUGCACCUGCUGCUGCGCCCGCGGCUGGUCUAGGACUAGGCGCCUAUGAUUCGGACGACGAUGAUUGA